AACCACCCACUUAUUUGUACAGAGAGUCAGGAGUUCGAAGUUUAACGGGGUGGAAGAAGCAAUGGGACUGCACGAUACGCACUGAUUCUUCGUGAUAUUGUGCGAGGAUAAUCCAUCUCUAGAAUCUGGUUAUGUUAUGUUUAUGACAUUCACCGUAAUUGCAGUUCGCCUGCAUCUGUAUUUUAACAGGCGGUGUGGUCGGCUGGCUAGCUAGCUAGCUACAAAGGGGAAGUACUGGCGUGUGGAGAGUAGAGGGGAGGGAGGUGUUUCGGCUGGUGUUUGAGAGGUAGCUAGGUAGCUAGCUAGUUACCCAGCCACCCAGCCAGGUAUAUAACGUUAUCUAAACAAAGAGCUCUUGUGUAGCGGUUUCGCGCAGUAGAACCAAUGUCGUUAGCGUGAUAGGAUUCUAUUAUAUCGGAGUACGAUUGUUAAUUUGCUAUAUUUUCUUAUUGCCCUAUAGCGCGCAUUGUUCGCGUGUUUUAUUCGACUGCUGCCGUGUCCCCAGACGCUAUUUGCUAGCUAGCUAUACAGCCGUGGCUCUAUCUCGCUUCCUCUUCAGCAAGCACUCGUCAGUUGUGGAAACAUCGUUUUAAUAAGGCACUAAAUGCCCAAACGAUGUGUAAUGCUGUGAUGCAUUGCAUAUGAGCGCAUAUUGCAUUACGCAUGGUUCUCUGCACUGUAUGUCAUUCAAGUGAUCGCUAGCUAACCUUCCAACCUAACUAGCUGGCGUUUACACUCGGAGCUGUUAACUAACUUUGCUGGUUACACGCUUGCUGCAGAAUAGCUAUGCAGGCGAAGCAUAUGGUCGGGAUGAAUAGAUAGGGGAAGUUGCAUUCAGAAUUCCUUGUGGGAUUUUCAGUGAUAGCCUAUAGGACUUUCCCCGGGAGGCAGACAUUUGAAUCAAGAAGAAUGAAGAAGUUUUCUCGCAUGCCAAAGUCGGAGAGUGGUGGGCUCGGUGGAGGAUCCGGAUCAGGGUCAGGUUCCGCAGUCGGCAACUACAUCGGGAAGGUGUUCUCUGUCGGCCGAUACCAGGUCACUGUGGAGGAACUUAUUGCUGAAGGGGGGUUCUCCGUGGUUUUCCUCGCCCGAACUCACAGCGGGGUCCGGUGUGCUCUGAAGAGGAUGUACGUCAACAACGUCCCGGACCUGAACAUCUACAAAAGGGAGAUAACCAUUAUGAAGGAGCUAUCGGGUCACAAGAACAUAGUGAGCUACCUGGACUCUACCAUUAACGCCGUGGGGGACAGUGUUUGGGAGGUGCUCAUCCUCAUGGAGUACUGCAAAGCUGGCCAGGUGGUGAAGCAGAUGAACCAGCGGCUGCACACGGGGUUCACAGAAGCCGAGGUCCUGCACAUUUUCUGCGAUGCGUGCGAGGCGGUUGCUAGGUUACACCAGUGCAAGACUCCGGUUAUUCACCGGGACCUGAAGGUUGAGAAUAUUCUGCUGAAUGACCAGGGGAACUACGUCUUGUGUGAUUUCGGAAGUGCCACACACAAAGUCCUGCUCCCUCACAAGGAUGGGGUCACUGCGGUGGAGGACGAAAUCAAAAAGUACACAACACUCUCCUACCGCGCCCCGGAGAUGAUCAACCUGUACGGAGGGAAAGCCAUCACCACUAAAGCUGAUCUAUGGGCGCUUGGGUGCUUGUUGUACAAGCUGUGUUUCUUCUCCCUCCCGUUCGGGGAGAGCCAGGUUGCCAUAUGCGACGGGACUUUCAUCGUUCCGGAUAAUUCCAAAUUCUCCUUCAAGUUGCACUGCUUAAUCCGCUACAUGCUUGAGCCCGAUCAAGAGAAGAGGCCCGACAUCUAUCAAGUCUCCUACUUUGCCUUCAAGUUGGCAGGAAAAGAUUGUCCCGUGCCAAACCUGUUUAACUCCCCUCUUCCCACCUCUCUGCCUGAGCCCCUGACCGCCAGCGAAGUCGCCGCUAAGAAGAACAUGACAAAAGCCAGGAUAACGGACUCUGUGGGACCCACGGAGACGUCGAUCGCUCCGAGGCAGAGGCCCAAGGCUGCCAACAGUAACGUGCUGCCCAUCCCCAACUCAGUCACCCCUGUGAAGAUGACCGUGACGGCCUUACCGAACUCUGUCACCCCUGUGACCAUGGAUGUAAUCUCUGAGGCCGAGAGCAACGGGCAGAGAGCAGGCCCAGCCGCUGGGAACGGACACCUCCCUGCUCAGUCGCAGUCUCAUGCAGGCAGUCAGCAGCACCGCGUCCUGCAGCAGCUGCAGCCUGGAGAUCUGAGACUGCAACAGCUGCAGCAGCAACAGCAACAACAUCACCCAGCACCGCAUCAUCACCUCCCACAUCAACAGCAGUCCAACCUGCAGCACCUCCAGUACCUACAGCAGUAUCAGCAGGCCCUCCACAUACAGCAGCAGCAGCAGUUGCUCCAGCAGCAGCAGAUGAUGAUGCAGCCCGUCUAUCAGCAACAGCAGGCCCAGUACGCUGCCAUGAUGCACCAGUACCAACAAGCGUUUGUACAGCAACAACAACAGCACCAACAACAGCAGCAUCUCAACCACCAUCAGCAGCAACAGCAUCACCUCAGCCCCCAGCCCCUGCCCUUUCUCCCCUCCCCCCUGGACUACCAGGCCCCCCCGGGGCCCUACGGCCCGGCCGGGACCCCCCAGGCGGCCCCCACCCCCGCGGAGCCCCCAUUCACUAACACCAGUAGAAACCCCCUCCUGAGCACAGAGGCGGUCACCCCUCCCCACCCCCCCGCCAGCCUUCCCCCGGACAUGUCCCGCUGGAACCCGUUUGGAGAGGACAACUUCUCCUCCCUGACGGAGGAGGAGCUGCUGGACCGAGAGUUCGACCUGCUCAGAGCAAAGAAUCCGGUGGAGAGAGCAGCGAGUGCGGACACGGGCGUGGGCCGGCUGGUCUCGCUCAAGACCCCCCCCAAGGACCCGUUUGGCUCCGUCCCCUUCCUGGCCAACCCAGUAGGUGGCAGUGUGACGAGUCCAGGGCAGCCCGGUGAGCAGCCCGGUGAGCAGCCCACUCCGCCCCCGGCGACCCUCGCCCUCGAGGAGCCCCUCCCUCCAGCCGUCAAGGAGCCCAAACCCAGCAAGAGGGGCGGGUCUGCCGGACCGCCAACCCGGAAAACGGGGGAGGAGUCCGACAGCGACUUCGAGUCGGACCCGCCUUCGCCCAAGAGCAGUGAGGAAGACGAGCCGGAGGAAGACGAGGGUCUGAACAGCGAGCACGGCGACUUUGCCGACGACACGGAGCCCGAGAACCUGGGCCAGCGGCCACUGCUUAUGGACUCUGAGGAAGAGGCGGAGGUGGAGGAAGAGGAGAAGCACAGCUCCGACUCCGACCUCGAGCAGAGGAAGGCCGACAAGACGCGUUCGGGCCAGCCAGCGGGCCGCAAACCGGCCGCGUCGAGAGUCGCCAUCGCGACCGAACCCGGACCCAACGUGGCCAUUCCCCCUGCCUCGCCCACCGGGGCAGCUCCAGAGCCCGUCGGCGGGGGGGAAGUGGACGUGUUCGGGGCUGUACCCUUCCUGGGGGGUGGGGGCCAGUCCCCGAAAGCGGGCCCCUCCGAGGGAGCCGACAUCUUCUCCAAGGCCCCCUUCCGGCAGGCGAGCCAAGAGCAGGCCAUGGACGAGUUCGACGUCUUCACCAAAGCCCCGUUCAGCCGGAACCUGUCCCGGACCAGCCGGGGCAGCGACGCCCCCGUGGGCCAGACCCCUCCCGUCUCCCCCGGCAGCGUAGACAUCUUCGGCUGCUCCCCCUUCCAGCCCAGCCACCCGCCGGCGCCCCUGUCCCAGAGCAGGGAGGACGUUUUCGGCCCGGCGGCCUUCGAGGAGGAGUCCCCCAGCCCCCAGCAGCAGAGGAACAAGCAGCGCAGCCUCCAGAAGCUCUCGUCCCGCCAGAGACGCACCAAGCAGGAGAGCGCGGGGGGCAACGGGAAGCGGCACCACGGGACCCCCACGGGCGGCCGCAAAGCAGGCAAGCCCAGCUACCGCACCCCCGAACGCGCCCGCCGCCACAAAAAGGUGGGCAGGAGGGACUCGCAGAGCAGCAACGAGUUCCUCAGCGCCUCCGACUCCAAGGAGAACAUCAGCCUGACCCGGGGAGACGUCGUCAAAGACAAAGGGGCCUGCCUGGCCCCUGAAGACGCCCUGCUGGACCCGUUUGGGGCCAAACCCUUCCACCCCCCGGACGGGGGCCGCCACCCGCACCCCCAGGGGGACCUGGCCCUGGCCAGUGGGAGGCCCCGAACCAGCUCCCUGCACGGAGCCUUCGGCGACGGGAAUAAAAUAGACGACUUUGGUGCCGUGCCCUUCACAGAACUGGUGGUCCAAGGAGGGACGCAACAGCAGCAGCCUCCGGUGGAGCUAGACCCUUUCGGAGCCGCACCCUUCCCUUCCAAACAGUGAAUGUCCCGUCUUCCAGCACACACACACACACACACACACUCUCUCCCUUUCACACAAACAUGCACGCAUCGUGGUGUUAUGCAAAGCCUACGGUUUACCCCUCGAUGGAAUCCUCUAGGCCAGUGGCUUGUGUGAUUUGCUAACCGCCCGCAUCCAAAUCAACUGUUGAGGCUUACCAGAAGAGGACGCAUUAAAAGAUGCUUUUUUUUAAAAGAUAUUUUAAUACGUAACGGACUGAGGAAGAAUCCUGUGGAGUACAGAUAGAUGACCUAUUCUAAAUUGGAUAUGCAUUACCUUUAGCCUGUACCUGUUUGCUAAAGAGCCUCGUAUGCUGCAUUUACUCUCAUUUUGUUCUGAAGAUGUUCAUCAGAGACCUAAAAGGAAGUGUCUGAGCCGUCUUUGGAUUGGACUGUGAUAACGAGCUUGCCCCGUCGUCAACUGCUCGAGUGGCUGCCAAGCUCCGUGUGUGUAGAUUGCGGCUUCCUAACGUGAUCUACCAAUAAGAUGAAUUUCUCACCGCAAUGCCUUAUGGGUAAAGUCCCGCCCUGCUGCACAGUACAGUACCUCUGAACCGUUACGCUGACCUUGUGCAUUUAUCCAGUCUAGGCCUUUAACAUUGUACUUCACCCAUUUAGACUCAACAUUUUCUAUGUAUAUUUUUACAUUUUAGAAAGUCAGAUGCACUCUUGUAUUUCAGUACAUAAUAGCUGUGGUGAAAAUUUGUACUUCAUCUUUUUUUCUUGAAUACUAGAAUGAAAGGGAUUUUUCUAGUUUGAUUCCUUAAACAUUUAGAGCGGUCACCAGUGACAUUUUAAUACGGAAUCUUUACAAACUGUAAUUUUAAUAUGGUUCCGCUGUAAAACGUGGGCAAAGAGUACUACUCGGUUCUAAUUUUGCUGUGAUCUUUUUUUUUUUUUUAAACCAAAUAAAAUCACAGUAUUACAAAAACAUAGAUUAAAUGUGAAAUUUUCUAAUGUAGCAAUAUGAAUUAAAAUGUUAUCCACAUCGUUAUAGGGGACUACAAACACUGCCAAUGUCUUGCGCUGAUGCUGAUUAACCAGACUACCAUUGUGAACAGGCAUGUAUUCGGAAAGGGAGAAGGACCUAAUUUACGCCCUUUACACCAGACCGGUGUAUGAGAGGCUGAGAAAAGCUCCUGGAUUAAAACAAUGCCACUCAAGUGCACUUUGCCCAUUUUACGCUUCCGCAACUUGAAAGAAAGGAGAAAAACUGUUACUGGUUGUCUGGAUCUUCAGGUUUGGCAGUGCAACCGUACAUUUACUAGCCUUUAGCGCAUUAACGCUAAUACAGUAAUCCUAUCUUUUAUGCCCUUCUAACAGAGCCCUACUGGGUCUUGAAGUGGGAUAGCUUUACUUUUCUUUUUUUACACACUUGUAACAUGUUUUUCCCAUUUGUUUAUAUUUAUGUUGUACUGCUGUCAAAAAAUGCAAUAAAGAGGAUGGAUUCGUUAAAAAA